CGUGACGGUGGCCUGAGGUGUGAAGGUGAAGCCGCGAGCCAAUAUUAAAGUUCAUUCAUCGUUGUCUUGUCGUUGUGACGAGUGAAUAAGCUCGGAUUUAAGCCGACGCCUCGUCACCGCGAAUAUAUAAUCAUCGUUGAACGAUUCCGCGCUCAUAACUUAAAUUAGUGUCGCGAAGUCGGUACGCCUCACCCGUUUCUAUCGAUGAUUUAACCGUCUGUGAUAAACGAUACCGAUUUCAAUUAAUUUAAUACAGAAGUUAACCAGCGCUGGUGAUAUCAGUGCCGCUUUUAUAAAGCAUCAAAGACUGUGCCCGUUCAUUUAGUGUCCCACGAGGAGAGACCGCUAAAACAUGGAGUAUAAGUCUUCCAUGACUUAUAACCUAGACCUUUCGCCGAACUAUUCAUAUAUUUUUGAAUUUGAAAAUCAUUUUAUACAUAACGAUUAUAGGAAAUGGAUGAUCGAAAAUUGGACGGUCGCAUUCUAUUAUGUGGGAAUUUAUAUGGCGUUUAUUUUCGGAGGCCAAUACUACAUGCAGAAUCGUCCGAGGUUCGAACUGCGGCGCACACUAAUAGUAUGGAACAGCUCGUUGGCCCUCUUCAGCAUCAUGGGUGCGUGUCGGACGCUGCCUGAAUUCAUCCACGUGCUCAAGAAUCAUGGGCUCUAUCACUCCAUUUGUAUACCGAGUUUCAUAGAGCAGGACAAAGUGUCCGGUUUCUGGACGACGAUGUUCGUGCUCUCCAAGGUGCCAGAGCUCGGCGACACGGUGUUCAUAGUGUUGCGCAAGAAGCCGCUGAUCUUCCUCCACUGGUACCACCACAUCACCGUGCUGCUGUACACGUGGUUCUCGUUCACUGAGUACACUUCAUCCGCGCGUUGGUUCGUCAAUAUGAACUACUUUGUGCACAGCGUGAUGUACUCGUACUACGCGCUCGUGAGCAUGGGCAAGUACCCGCCCAAGUUCCUCGCGAUGACGAUCACGUUCCUGCAGCUCACGCAGAUGAUAGUCGGGUGCGCGAUCAACAUCUGGGCGCACAACUACAUGUCCAGCGCGCCCACGCACACGUGCGGCAUCAGCCAGAUAAACAUCAAACUCUCGAUGGCCAUGUACUUCUCGUACUUCGUGCUGUUCGCGCGGUUCUUCUACAAAGCGUACCUCUCGCCGAAGCCCGGCAAGAAGUCGAAGAUCGAGCCCAUCUCCGAAGUGCCGCCGACGAAGAAGGCCGACUUCUCCGCCGAGUUCAACGGUUACCCGCGACAGAGGAACGGCGUGGUCCACUAGUCGCCGUCUGUGAUAUUAAUUGUACAGGUUAUUUGGCGUCGAUUGAGUAAUUUCAAUUUUAAUUGGUUCACGUGUGAUAGCGCACCAGCGCGUACUGUCCCGCAUGAUUGCCACAAUUUUUACAUGAGCGGUCACGCGAGAAACACGCGUGGGAAUUGCUAUUAUCGCAGCGUUGUUUCUUUCUGUGAGCGAUUAUGUAUUGAUGAUGUGAACAAACUAGCUGCUUAUUGGAUCAUCUGCUUUGUCAUAGUCGUAGCGUAAUUGGGACUUAGCUUGGCCAAUAUUUGUCGAACCUUUAACCGGUAGAGUGUAUUAUAACAUAUAGGUAAUUAAAUACAAGAAUGGGAAUUGUUUAACGCAUUGUGACACCAAUACAGAUGAAGUAUACCGAGGCAUAACAAAAAUUUAUGUUAAAUAUUGCCUAAGCCGCCUAUCAUCCUGCUAUUGACCUAUAAUACCUAAAUAAUUAUUCGUGCAAGAUAGUCUUAUAAAUCGACAGUAGCUGGUACUCAGGCGCACUGUCGUCAGGGUAUCGGUGACCUUUAUAACGCUUAUCUCUCAAGGGUAUGCAUAUUCGCACGUUUUCGCGUUUAUCUAAGUCUAAACCACAUUAACAUCAGCUUUAAUGAUGUGAUAAAUCGGAAAUAAAGAGAGAAUCUAUCGAGAAUUCUAUAUGUUGUACGACUCGGUUAAUAGGGGUAUAAUUUUGAAUUUUUUAAGUGAAUGGAUAUGUUUUGGCCAUGAAUAAGUCCUUUUGUUACCGUGAAAUAGUACCAGAUAAUCAUAGUUAAUUAAUUUACAAGUGUCAUAUAUACAGAUGGUUCAAUAAAAAUAUAAGUAAAGAAAUCACAUAAACACUAAAAAGCAAUUGUAUUAAAAGUUGAAAUUAUCAAUCGGUGUUUGAGUCUAAGGGCGGCCGUUGUAACAUUCCAAUGCUAGAUUAUGUGCGGGGUAAUGCUUAGUUCUGUUACGCUUCAAACGACGGCGCCACUUAGUGUAGGGAUCUUUGAUUGGAGAAAAGCGAUCUUAUUGUCUAAGAAUGAAAGCUCAAAUUAUAUAGCCGGGAUUUGAUAGAAUCGAAACUUAACGUUUUCAGUUACAGAGGGAAUCUCCUUCGAAUUUAAUGAAUCCGUUAUUCUCCAAUCAAAGUUUAGAACGCUUCUACAUUGGGUGAACAAAGAAUUAUAUAGAUUUUUACAUGUUUCGUUUUUAUUAAUUUCGAAACUAUGGUAUGGUAUGGUACCUAGUAUGUUAUAUUUAAACCGUUUAUCCUUCAGUGUUACAUCUACUUAUUUAACUUAUACUAUGAGCCAAUGUAGGAGCAUUCGACAUAUUAUUGUUGUUGUUUAUCGUAUUUAUUACUUAAAUGAGUGAUUAUAUGUAAUUUAUUUGUAAAAGGGUAGGUUUACCUGUACAGAGUAAUAAUGGUUUACGCCUGACACCUGCGUACACGCGACAUCAGUUUCAUUACGUGUUAGCGUGUACAGAGUACCUCGCACAGAGACUUCGCAAGAGAUUUUUUUAAGCGAGGGUAGUUCGAUACUUUGAUACGCUUGUAUGACAAGUGCACAAAGUAUGUUGUAAUUAGCGGAGUAAAGCUAUAGGGGGUUUUAUAUAAAAUACACAAAGCAUAGAGGCCAAA